CGAUCGCGCCGCGCCCGAAGUUCCAUCCCGGGAGACCGAGCCCCGGAGGGAGCGCAGAGCCAGGUCCCUCGGCGCCCUCGCCCGCCCGCGGCACGGCCGGCCCUCGAGCCGAAAGAGGGGCAGAGAGAUAGCAGAGGGGGCAGAGCGGAAGGCACGGUCGGGAAGAGGGGAUGUGGGCGCGAGCGCGGGGAGCCGGCAGCCGGGCAGAGGGAGAGGCGGAGAGAGGGAGCGGGAGCGAAAUAUCAAAGCCUGUGCGAGAUCAGGCUGGAAAGAUAAUCGAUACUCGACCUAAAUUUAACACAAACUACUCAAUAAAAGUUAAAGAAAAAACUUA